GCCUUCACCCUCGUUCGUCCACUCGCUGCUGCCCUGCGAGCCCCGCGCCAUUGUCGGCUUUCCCGCACGUGUGCACUGCUGCCUUUCCUAGGCCCCCUAGGCCUAGGCCUUCAUCCACGUGUGCUCCCUUCACGCACUCCGCGUUCCCCGUCACUUUGCCGCCAAACGCCAACGUGUCCCAGUCAACCUCCGCAGCCUGUUCGCCCAUCGUAUGCUCUUGUGCACCCAACGCCGCGUGCACCACCUCAUCGCGCACAUCAUGGCCCGAUGCACGCCAUAUGCCCGAUAGCCGAUCUUCCUCGACCCCUUUGUCGCUCAACUCCGUUGGCUCGCCCGAUGGCCAUGG